CUGUUUAAACCCUUACCGAACAAGUUACCCUAUCAAUUUCGUCUCUCUUUCCCUCUCUGAGCAUCCAUCAGCCACGGCCACAGUUACAGAGAUGUCUGCGAACGCUGAUCCAGCACCCACAAAGAAACCGAGGAACAACAACAGAAGACCACUGAAACAGAAAAACCCAUCAACAAAUGACGCCAAUAUCAUGGCCCAGAAACUUAACGAGGCCUCUCUGGUGGUGCAGCCUCCUUCGGAUUCUCUCCCGGAAAAGGAGAAUCACGACUCUCUUUCUCAGGCUCUCUCCUCCCCGAGGAAAUCAUCUAAGGCCCCGUCUUUUGAGAAAGAGUUGCAGGAAAUGCAAGAAACACUGCAAAAUUUGAGGUUUGAGAAAGAGAAGACUGAGGAAAUGUUGAAGGAAAAGGACGAGAUGCUGAAGUUGAAGGAGGAGGAACUGGAAACCAAAGGAAGGGAGCAGGAGAAGCUGCAGACGGAGUUGAAGAAGUUGAAGAAGUUGAGGGAGUUUAAGCCCAAUAUGGCUUUCCCUGUUGGGCAAACUUUGAAGGACAAGGAGCAAGACAAGAAGGAGAAGAAGAAGAAGGGUUGCCCUGAAAGGAAGAGGCCAUCUCCACCUUACAUAUUAUGGUGCAAAGAUCAAUGGAAUGAGAUCAAGAAGGAGCGCCCAAAUGCGGAGUUCAAGGAAAUCUCAAAUAUCGUGGGUGCAAAAUGGAAGACUCUUACUGCCGAAGAGAGGAAGCCUUAUGAAGACAAGUACAAGGUUGAGAAGGGAGCCUAUCUACAGGCUACUGCAAAGGAGAAGCGCGAAAAUGAGGCAAUGAAGCUGUUGGAGGAAGAGCAGAGACAUAAAACAGCUAUGGAGCUGCUUGAUAACUAUCUGCAAUUCAUUGAAGAGGCAGAGAAAGAGAACAAGAAGAAAACAAAGAAAGAGAAGGAUCCGCUGAAACCAAAACAGCCCGUAUCAGCCUAUUUGUUGUUCUCAAACGAGAGAAGGGCUGCUCUAUUCGCCGAAAACAAGAGUAUUCUGGAGGCAGCAAAAGUUACUGGUGGAGAAUGGAAAAACAUGAGCGAAGAACAAAAACAGCCCUAUGAAGAGAUUGCAAGAAAAAACAAGGAGAAAUAUUUGCAGGAAAUGGAGGCCUACAAGCAGAUGAAGGAUGAAGAGGCAAGGAACCUGAAGGAGGAGGAGGAAGAAAUGAUGAAACUUCAGAGACAGGAAGCUAUGCAACUACUCAAGAAGAAAGAGAGAACAGAAAACAUAAUCAAGAAGAAGAAAACUAAAGAGGAGCGUCAGAAGAAGAAAAAGGAGCAGAAUGUUGAUCCUAACAAGCCUAAAAAACCUGCAUCCUCCUUCUUUUUGUUCAGCAAAGAAACAAGGAAAACUUUGCAGGAGGAGCGACCAGGAAUAAACAAUUCUACUCUUAAUGCAAUGAUUUCAGUGAAAUGGAGGGAACUGAGUGAAGAAGAAAAGCAACCAUGGAAUUGUAGAGCUGCUGAGGCCAUGGAAGCAUACAAGAAAGAUUUGGAAGCCUACAACAAUGAGAAAUCUCUACGAGGGGAUUGAAGGAAGCAUACAAGAAAGAAUUUUGAAGCCUUACAACAAUAAGAGAAAUCUCUACGAAGAGAUUGAAAGAAGCAGAUUUAGUUUCUUUUCUGAUGUUCAAGUGGUUUUAUUGAACACCAAAUCUUGUAAUCGAAAGCCAUGGGUGGUUUUGUUUGUGAUUUCAUAUACUUUCUUCCUCAGAGGUUCUAUAUUUUGAACGUGUUUAUCCAUGAAAAACUCAAACUUGGAUUAUCAUGGUUCAUUGAAUGAAUUGCUGCUUUUAAAUCGAACUUGUC